AUGCCAAAACAUCUCUUCAUUCACCAACAACAGCAACAACCCGCUACACCUUCCUCCUCUACCCAACAACAAGCCCCAGCAACAGCGACAGCGGCAAAAGAUGACUCCGUCCCCGCAGGCAUGACCAAACUCCCCAACGGAGUCAUCCUCGACAAAGACGGGAAGCCAUGUCGCCUCUGCACCUCCGCCGCUUCGUGGCGCGCCCUCACCAAACAAGCCAAAUCCACCCCCUCCACCACCACAAGCACCGCCAGCACCAUCCCGAAGACCCUCGCCACCACUCCAGGCUACACUGACUGCCCACCAGACUCGGAAGCCCUCGGCCGCUCCACCUGGACCUUCCUGCACUCGUUGACAGCCUCGUACCCCGCGCAAGCGUCAAGCGAACAACAAUCCGAGAUGCGCCAGUUCCUGGGGAUAUUCUCGAAGCUGUAUCCAUGCUGGGUGUGUGCGGAGGACUUCCGGGCUUGGAUGGCGGAGCCGAGUGGGGAGAACCAGCCGAGGUUGGGUGGACGGAAGGAAUUCGGGGAUUGGAUGUGUAGGGCGCAUAAUGAGGUGAAUCGCAAGUUGGGGAAGAGUGAGUUUGAUUGUCGGUUUUGGGAGGAGAGGUGGAGGAAGGGGUGGGGGGAUGGAAGGUGUGAGUGA